CACCAAGUGGUUUUUGUCUCUGUGAUGAACUAGAAGAAUCUUUCCUUAACAAAAGCUGAGGAGGCUGCUGCGUGAAAGGAGCGCUCGUUGUUGACUGUGGGGAUUAUUCAGACAACUCUUUUUUUUUUUUUAAAGCUUUCCUCAGUUUUAUAGCUUCGUAGGUCUGUGUUGGACUCUGAGAUUCUUGGAGUUGUACAAAAAAAGUUUGAUCUCAUCCAGGAGUGUCAUCUCUGCGUUUCUGACAUGCGCCUCAGCCGCUCUGUUGCUGUCUUCAUCUUGUUCUUCACAGCUGGCUCUGGGACUACAGUAUACGAAAAUGAGUUUACAGAGGAAGAUACGACUCCUCAACUGGACUACACAAACCCUUACUGGUGCCAUCCUCCGGGUCUGACCAACGGUGAGGUGACCUGCCACUCCCCUCGAGGCAGAGCCUACAGGAGCACAUUGGGAACGCGUUGCCAGAUGAGCUGCGAUCGAGGGUACAAGCUGCUGGGAAGACGCUCCAUUAUGUGCCUCGCUAAUCGCCGCUGGUCUGGGACUGCUUACUGCCGCAAGAUGCGCUGCCACAUGCUGCCCCUCAUUUACCAUGGCAGGUACACCUGCACUCAGGGCUUUAUGGUGGACUCCAGGUGUGACUUUACCUGUGACACUGGCUAUCGCAUUGAAGGAGAACCAUCACGCAUCUGCCAGCACAGGGGGUCAUGGAGCGGAGUACAGCCGGUGUGUUCAGAUACUGAUCCUCCAAAGAUAAAGUGUCCUCCAUCUAGACUCAAGGUCGCUGAGCCUGGAAAGCUCACCGCCAAGGUGACCUGGGACCCUCCGACAGCCACAGACACAGCUCACAAGUCACUCGAUGUGAUAUUAGUGGGCCAGGAGCCAGGCACUGACUUUAAAGAGGGACUUCACAUUAUCCGAUAUAAAGUGUACGAUCAGGCCAGGAACAGAGCUGCCUGCAAGUUUAUAGUGCGUGUUGAGGUGAGAAGAUGUCCAGAACUCUUUCCACCCUUGCAUAGUUACCUCAGCUGCUCCUCCGAUGGGAACAACUAUGGUGCAACGUGUGAAUACCACUGCGAAGGAGGAUACGAACGGAGGGGGGUGUCGAGUCGUGUCUGCCAAUUCAACCGAAGCUGGGGCGGAGAUCCUGCUGAGUGUGUUCCAAUUGAGAUUAAAGCCGAUGUAAAGACAGCGCCAGCUCUCCUGGAUCAGUUCUAUGAAAAGCGGAGGCUGCUGAUCGUGUCUGCACCCAACAUGUCGGACCCUGACUACCAGCUCCAGAACAUCAUGACACAAAAAGCAGAUUGUGGAUUAGCCCUCCGGCACGUAACCGUGAUCGAGCUUCUGGGCUCUCCUCCUCGUGAGACUGGCCGCAUUAAAGAAAGUCUUCUUCAGCCUCAAGUCAUAGAGGGUUUAAGGCAAGCAUUCAGAAUAUCCAGAAGCUACUUCAGCAUGGUGCUCCUGGAUGAGCUCGGUCUGGACCGAGAGCGCUUCAUUUCCCCCGUGGGUUCAGAUGAGCUGUUCUCCUACAUCGACAGUUUCCUGCUGGACGAAGAGGAACGGGAGAAACUGGAGCUCCGCAGCGAUUUCUGUGACUAAUUUAAUAAACCUCUGUCGUUGCCACAGCAAUGCACUCAUCAGUAUUACUAACACACAGUAAGGACAAACAACCAGAAACCAGGUUCAGAGGAACAUUUGAAGCGGGGAAAAAAAAGACAAGACAGCAGUUCCUUGUUUUAAAAUGUGAUUAUACAACACUGAAGUGCAAGCACUGUUUGCUCUGUAUUAAAUCAUCAGCCAAAGGGGUGCUGACAGCAGAAAGCGUUUGCCACAGAAUAUCUAGCAUUUAAGAUUAGAAGUAAAACACACCAGCAAAUAUGUGUAUAUACACACAUAUAGAAAUGUAGAUAUGUAUUUGUAUGGAGCUUCUUUAUUAUCAAAGACAAUUCCCAGCUGGACUCAGAUGUAACCAAAUUCCUUCUAGAAGCAUCUUUCACCACAUCCAUACACUGAAAUGCUUCCGAGCAGUUAGUCUGAAGCAGUAUAUAAAUCAACUUUAAUUCAAUAGGAUAUAAACUUGCAUGCAUAACAAGUCAGAUCUGAUAAAUAUAAUCUACUGCCAACUUUGCUCUAAAGGUUAUAAAAGCUUUAUCUCCUAAAAGUUAUAUUUUUUACCAACAUUUAAAAAAAAAAAAAAGCGGAAAAAAAAGUGUAGCGUGUGUAGUGUUGCUCUCUUUUAUCUUUAGUUUAAAGUGGAGAAAGCGAAAGAAUGUCUGAGUUUAGUUUAUUUUUGUUUUUUGGUGGAGAGAGCAUUGAGGUAAACAGUGUUACCAAAGAUAAAAUGUUCUUUAUUGAAAAACUUCUCAUGCAAGUUAUACAAAUAGUAAUGUAAAUGCACUGGUAUGGAUUAAAUAAAGCAGAAUUUCUUAGAAGCGACAGCUGAAAUACUGCAUAACCAGUUUGUUUCAAAUUGUUUUCCCACACCAGUAUGCAUCUCGACACAAAUAAAGAGAACUGUGAGAAACUGC